AUGAAGUUUCUCGCUGCGAUAUUAAUACCCCUUCUCUAUUCUAAUCCUGUCCAAGCCGACUUUGCGAGCGACGCCUUUAGUGCCAUUCAGACACUGCAGACAAAAUGGUACAACUUCGACACUGGUCUAUGGAAUGACCUAUGGUGGCAGUCCGGCAAUAUGAUUGAAACAAUAGCUCGAUUCGGCCGGGAAGAUGAGGACUUCAAACCUACAGCCAUUCAAAUCAUCCAAAACACAUACGCCAAAUCCGCAAAUCAACUCGGCGCCAAUAACUGGAAAAAUAAAUUUUACGACGACGAAGGUUGGUGGGCAAUGGCUUGGAUAGCCUCGUACGACCUCACCAACGACGUCAAGUACCUCAACACCGCCAAGGACCUCUUCCAAGACAUGACAGGCGGCUGGAACACGCCAUGCAAAGGCGGAAUCUGGUGGUCCAAAGAUCGCGACGCCAUCGCCUCCAUCUCAAACGAGCUUUUCCUCUCCGUGGCCGCACACCUCGCAAACCGACACCACGGCAAGGAAAAAGACGACUACGCAAACUGGGCGCAGAUGGAAUGGGACUGGUUCAAAGCCUCCGGUGUCAUCGGCUCAAACAAUCUUGUAAACGACGGCAUUGACCCCGCUACCUGCAAAAACGAUGGCAAAACAACCUUCACCUACAACCAAGGAGUCGUCCUAGCAGGCCUCUCAGAACUCUCCCGUGCAAAAGGCGACGGCACGUUCCUAGAUGAAGCAUACAAGCUCGUCCAAGCCUCGACAAUGCAGCUCAGUGAUCCCAGCGGUAUCCUCACCGAGCCAGUCAAAGGCAUCUUGGACCCCGUCAGCUCACAGUUCAAAGGCGCGUACGUACGCGGGCUCUCGACGCUGUACCAAACGCGGCCAUUGCAGAGUGUCCAGGAUUUCCUCCUGCGCAAUGCGAAUGCGGCGAGGAGUCAGAACAAGGUGGACGGGGGGAUCAUCAUUGAUCUAUGGCAGGGGGGUAGCACGAAUAGCAAUCCCAGUACGCAGGCUAGUGGGAUUGAUAUUUUAGUCGCUGCGGUUAUUGCGGGUGAGUAA